AUGAGUGUUAUCCACGUAUGUGCUAUGAAGAGGAGAAGGCAUAGAAACUAUGAGAGACCAGAAGAGAAUAAGAGACAGGCUACGUUUUCCUUCACCUUGCCCAAUGAAGAAAGCAAGACAUUUUACGCGGUUUUUGGAAUAACUUCGAGACAAAUUGAAACUUUAGCUAAGUUGAAAAAUCGAGGAGAUUCAGUUUACAAAGACAGGAGAGGUAAUAAACAGCUGUAUCGCAAGUUCACGCAGGAAGAUGAAGCACUGGUUGUUGAUCACAUAAACUAA